AAAGAGAAAAACGAACGAGGGAUUCUGCUCGUAUUCUUCGUAAGAUGGCGAACACUUUGCAACGGGGCAUCGCUUGUGCUCGUGUUUUUCGCCCUUCUUUUCUUUCUUCGUCGAGACUGUACUCUGCAGACGCCUUGGUUGAGGUCAAACCGGGAGAGAUCGGAAUGGUUUCGGGAAUCCCCGAAGAACACCUUCGGAGAAGGGUUGUAAUUUAUUCACCUGCUCGAACCGCAACUCAACAAGGUUCUGGAAAAGUUGGAAGGUGGAAGAUUAAUUUCUUGUCAACCCAGAAGUGGGAAAAUCCAUUGAUGGGUUGGACAUCCACUGGGGACCCAUAUGCUAAUGUGGGUGAUGCAGGACUCAGUUUUGAUAGCGAAGAAGAUGCAAAGGCUUUUGCAGAGAGACAUGGUUGGGAGUAUGUGGUUAAGAAGCGUCAUACACCAAUUUUGAAGGUGAAGUCUUAUGCAGACAACUUUAAGUGGAAGGGCCCGCCCAAGACACAGGAGGAUUAAUUUUAUUUUUAUCAGGAACUAUGUUGGAGUGCCUUUGAAGAA